AUGGAUGUGUUGAAGUUGGGUUACGAACUGGACCAGCUGUCCGAUCUGGUCGAAGAAAGAACAAGACUUGUGUCGGUGUUGAACCUCACCCCGACCUCGAAUGAUAACAUUGCCUUGAAACGGCAAUUGAGCUCUAUACUGGAGUCGUUGCAGAAGGGUGCGACCCCCGAUACGUUGGUCUCGCGGUACAAUGCCACCCUGGACAGAAUCCCUGAUACGGCCGUUGACAAGGAGUUGUACAGGUUCCAAAGACCGGCUGCCGGUGGUGCUGGUGAGGUUUCCAGAGACUCUCUGAAAAAGGUACGGUUCAAGAACGACGAGGAGCUUACAGUCAUGUAUAGGGAUGACGAUGAACAAGAGGAGGAGUCGCCGCUGUCCUCCACACAUAUCGCAUACGAGGAUGAGCCAUUGCAGCCGCAGCCACAGCCACAGCCCAUGAUUUCCAAUCAAGAACUCUUUAUCGACCAGCAGCAGCAGCUUUUGGAGCAGGAUUCUCACUUGGGCACGUUGUCGCAGUCUAUGGAGAGGACUCACGGCAUCUCCAUGGAUCUGAAUAGCGAGAUAGUCUCUCAGAACGACUCGCUGCUGGUGGAUUUGGAAAACCUGGUCGAUAAUAACGGUAGGAACUUGAACAGGGCCUCUCGCUCCAUGCAUGGCUUCAACAGCUCCAGGUUCAAGGACAACGGCAAUUGCCUCAUCAUCUUCGUGCUGAUAGUGGUGCUCUUGUUGCUCCUGCUGGUACUGUAG